AUGCUGUCCAAUAAGCGACCAAAAGAAACAUUCGGUCAGCAGCAGCAUUUUGGAGAAUCCGCACAAUACCAAAACGAACAAAACGGUUAUCAAGGAAACGGCCACGGUAAUCAUGCAGGUCAUCCAAUUUACAACGGAGAAAAACAAUCAGGACAUACAAAUGGUAACGGAGGUUAUGAAACCUAUGGUCAUAACUCGGGUUCUGGAAACCAUGGAAGAUAUGGGAAUAGAAACGGACAACACCGCCAGCCAACGUACCAGAAUAUGCCCCCUCCAAUGGCUAACAAUUCUCAGUACCAGACGAACUGGAGUUUUCAAGGUCCUCCAGUUUAUGGAAACGGAAACAGAUAUGGGCCACCAACUGGAUAUGGAAUGAACCGGGGCUACCAACAGUACCAAGCCUACACAGUUCCACUACCGUCGCAGAGCGUUUCUCAAAACAUGAUGCCUCCACCUGUAAUGAUUUCACAACAGUCUCAGCAGCAAGGAAUAAUGCCUCAACAGCAACAAAUGGUCCCUCCACAACCGAUGUACAUGCCAGCUCCAAACCCAACACCAGCUCCAGCGUAUACCACACCACCAAGCCAAUUCCCUCAUAUGGUCACACUUUCUCCACAUAGUGGGUUCAAUGGAAUGCAAGCUUCUAAUCCUCACCAAAUGAGUUACAAUCCAGUUUCGCAACCACCGAAUCAGCCAAACGGUCAUCAGGAGAAGUAUAUUGCACCAGAACCAAUCCCUCCGCCUCCUCAAAUUGCAAUCAACAUUCCACCGAAAAAGGAACCAAAACCUGCGCUUUUUGUGAACCCUGCUUUUGCUUCUGCAAACGGUGAAGUUCAAGUCUACCAAAAUGCCGACGGUUAUUCAGAAAUUCAUUCAUCCGUUCCUCAAAAUCAACACAACGCUCAUUUUUCUAAUAAUCAGACUCAACCAGUAAAAACUGAAACGCCACUUCAAGCCCCACCCAGCAUCGAGAGCAAGGCCAAUUUAAUCUCACCAAAUAGUGUUUUGGCAGCUUCUCCAAGCGACUUGUCUGGAAAAGUAGAAGAAAUGAACUUGACGAAUAGCAACUCAGAUUCCCCAUCUUCUCUCUCCAACUCGAUGUCCGAAGAAGUGAGAACUCCGUCUCCAGUAGAGACAGUUGAAGAGCUUCAGCCGCAAAAAGAAACAAAAAUUGAGUCGGAACAAAUCAGCCACGAAGAAAAUACUCUUUUCGUGGAGGAAAUAGCGGAAUCCGAACAACGACCACUAGAGACUUACAUUUUUAACGCUCUGAACUUUCCACUUGUUGCCAAAAGAAAUUUAUCAGAAGCGGCAGCAGAAGAAUAUGUAAAACUAAUUGGAGAUGUUCAGGAUCAAGUGAAAACUUUCUUCCGUAAAUAUCCAGACGCAUGGGAAUCGGCUAAUGUGUCAAACCGUAUUACUGCACCAGCAAUUAUCCAAGAUUAUGAUGGGUUCGAAGAAGAACGUGUUUCAAAUCCCGGUCUCGAUGAUUCUCAAAAAGGGGGAAAUGGUAAAAAAUUGAAAAUUGAGUUCUUCAUGUCCAAGAAGGAUGUCGCUAUUCCAGAAGGAAGAGAGUCUGAAAGAGAUUUCUCAAAAAUGUGUUUUGACAGUCCUCGUCUCUCCGCAACUUUUGAGAAAUACAUCAAAGACACUCCGAAAACGGUUAAACUGGAAGAUGAUCACUUUUCAAUCAAUUUGAACAAACUUGAGCACGAGCAAAUGGCUGAGCUUCUCAAAACUGGACAACGUGCCACCAUCAUUAUGUACACCGAGUUUCCAAAUGCCGAGGAUGAUGGUGACAAUUCUGACAAUAGCACAAGGCCAAGCAGCCCAGAAUUUCCUCUUGGAGCUAGUUCGAGCCGUACCAGUUCCAGCUCAAGCGCUUCGAGAUCAGCUCAACCCAGCACAAGCACAUCCGGUUCUACCCAACCUGAUACAAACACUGUCAGUUCAUCCGGUCCUUCAACUUCUAAUGGAUGCUCUUUGCAACCCCAGCGAUCCUCACGUUUUUCCACUUUCACAACCCAAGGUUUACCAUCUAACAGAGGCAGGUCUACUAGCAGUAUGACUUACCCAACUAACAUGCCAACGCUUCGUACUAAUCCAAUGAGACAAGGCCAUCCACCUCUCACCCGACAACCUGCCCCACUCUUUGACGAUCGACUACCUGGACCAUCUCAUCGUCGUCUUCCUGAAAUACCACCACAAUAUCGGAAUGGAAAUAGUAACAAUGUACAAAAUGGGAGGGUGGGUGAACAUCACACAUUGGCUCAAAUCUCUGGACAAGCACCUCCACCAGUCAACCGAGAAGAGCAACAACAGCAACUACCCCAACCACCGCCACGUCUCAGACCAGUCCCAGUAUUGCGUCGACGUCACCAAUCCCAUGAAAGCACCAUUAGGCAAAUGGAUGGAAUAUUUCCCCGAGCAUGGAUUCAUGAUCAUGAGCUACUAAGAUUCAUCAUACCGACACAAAGGGAAUUCAUGGCUCGUGUCCCAUUUCCACCAUACAGAAUUCCUUUGAUUGGAGUUGCACGUCGAGCACCAGGGGUGAACUAUAUUCCCCACAGAACCCUACCCUCUCAUGAAAACUUUGAGGAAUUCAGAAGACGCAUGCUAGAACAUAAUGACGAUGUUAAUGACCCGGAGCACGUCAGAGGAUCCGGACCACUUCUUCUGGAGCCGCGUGGAUUCUGGUACCCAACUGAAGCCGAGAUGGAAGCAUUAGAACGACGUCAUCAAACAGAACUAGCGGCACGAGCUUUGCAAAAAUGGGGUCCAGAUGGGCCAUCGUGCUCGAAUAGUCAGUCUCUGUCUGAAAAAGAUAAAGAGAAAAAGAAAAAGGACGCCGCUCAAGGUUGUCGGAAUGAACCCUUUGCUAAUAAGCAUAAUAACAAUUCUGAUGACGAUGAUGAUGAUGAGGACACCAGAGGGUAUUCGUGUCCAAGUGCGUCUUCUUCUUCUUACUCCAAACAUUCUUCAACAUCUUCUGGCGCUUCUACCUCCGGACAUAAUGAGAGAAAUAGUCAAUCCACUCCGACCAGCACAAAACAAAAAGAAAGACCUGUAAAAGAUACGGCUCACAAAAAUCAGAAGCGACGAGAGAAAGAGUUACUUCGUGCUCAAAGGAAGAAAGAAGAGAAGGAGAAAAUGGAGCGUGCGAUAUCGAAAAAAGAAGAGAAAAUGGCAAAACAGAAGAUCAUUGAAGAAAAGAAGAAAAUUCAGGAAGAAGAAUUGGCUAGACAGCAGGAAUUGGAGGAACUGAGACUGCGAGAAGAAGAUGAACAGAAAAAACUUAGAGAGGAGGAACAGAAAUCUCAGAAAAGAAGGUUAAUGAACCUGAUUAAUAGGGAGAAGAAGAAGAGAUCAAAAAUAAACAAGUUCGAAGCAAAGAGAAUUGCUGAGGAGGAAGAAAAAGAGAGAUUAGCCAAAGUUCGAGAAGAAAUUGACAAAGAUACUUUGGAAAAACUACUACAAGCCAAAUAUCUGCUGAUUGAAAAUACACGGGAACGUAUUCAACAAAGAAUGAAUCCAAAUGUAUCAAAGGAGGAUGAAAUUAUUUGGAAAGCGACUAUGGACGGAGUAGUUACUAAUCUUUGUCGAUUUGAAAUGUUGGAUAUGAGGCCUAUCAGAGAUAGAUCCGAAAAAAUUGCCCGAUACUUUGACUUAGAUCCCGCCUUCCACAAGGAUGCUCGUGACCAGUUGACUCUACCAGAGAAAGGUCGAUUCAGAAUGUCGGAAGGAAUUUGCUCUUUGAGAGAAUUGGAUGCGUUGAGAAGGUACCAGAGAAUUCCCGAACUAAAAUAUGUUAGAGCUAUACGCCAGUACCGAUAUUGGAAAGAGCAUAUGUAUCAGGACCUCUCCCUAUUCAUAAAUUACACCGUUGGAAUAUCUGAGCCUGAUGCUGGUGACCCGACAAUUGAAUUGUUCGAAGAAUGGGCUAUUUAUCAUGAUGACUAUGAAAAAAUAUUGACCCAGGAAACCGUCUUAUAA